GGAAAACGCACAUUUUUGCAGCAAAUGUAACAAAUAAAUUGCUCUGCAUGUAGUGUAAGAUUUGGAAAACGAUCUGAUUGGUAACGUCGUUGCUGCCAUACCAUAAUGCCUGAGAGAAAGCAUACAGACUUCAGGAACCAAGUCGUUAGGAACAAACGGUGCGGUGAACCGUUUGUUUUAUUGAUGGUUAUGUAAGUUAUAGUCAGGUACUAAUUUGCUCUCCGUUGUCUCUGCUCGACCUGCGAUAUCGAAGAGGAGAUUAGGAUGAACCAAUCGCUGACUGACUUUUCACGCUGACUUGUCUCUCAAGUGUAUGUUCAGCUUUCGCCCGGACAACAACUGAGAUCACUGCACCUCUGGGAAUACGAUACCCAGUGGCAGGUCGUGGCCACGUCUCAAAGCCAUUCUUUGAACAGACGAGCUCUCCCCUGGAUUUGGGUGCUUUUGCAAACCGGGAGUUAACCAGGUGCACCGCAAGAGCACUCGUCUGAAACUCCGGAACAUUGAUCUCAGUUUCUUUCCUUUGUCCAAAGCCACGGUCCUUUCCCAACACGUACGCCAAGAGCAUUGUGUGCCCAGAGCCGGUAGUGGCUGAGGAUCUGUCUCUGCUUCGCGACGGACAGUAGAGAGGGAACUUGCUGGGGGCGACAUAGCUCAGGAGCAUGCCCCGCUGCAGGUUGACGGCCCCGGCCCUGGUGACGCUGGUGCUCCUGCAGGGCGUCACCGUGGUGCUCCUCUUCGGCUGGUACGGGCGCCUGCUCCCGUCGGCCAAGCCGCCGCCCGCCGAGGGCAAGGUGCACGUGCUGCUCCUGUCGUCGUGGCGCUCGGGCUCCUCCUUCCUGGGCCAGGUGUUCAGCCAGCACCCGGACGUCUUCUACCUGAUGGAGCCGGGCUGGCACGUGUGGACCACGCUGCGGCAGCCCGGCGCCUGGGCGCUGCGCAUGGCGGUGCGCGACCUGGUGCGCAGCGUCUUCCAGUGCGACCUGUCGGUGCUGGAGUCGUACACGCCGGCGCAGCGCAACGUGUCGCACCUGUUCAUGUGGAGCCACAGCCGCGCCCUCUGCUCGCCGCCCGCCUGCCCGCUGACGCCGCGCGACGCCUUCAGCAACGAGACGGAGUGCAAGCGGCGCUGCGACGCGCGCGGCCUGGGCGGGGCCGAGCGCGCCUGCCGCAGCUACUCGCACGUGGUGCUGAAGGAGGUGCGCUUCUUCGACCUGGAGCCCCUCUACCCGCUGCUGCGCGACCCGGCGCUGGACGUGCGCGUGGUGCACCUGGUGCGGGACCCGCGGGCGGUGGCGCGCUCCCGCGACCAGUCGGCCAAGGCGCUGACGCGGGACAACGCGCUGGUGCUGGAGCGGGGCGACGCGGCGGUGGCCGACCCGCAGUACCGCGUGCUGCAGGAGGUGUGCCGGAGCCACGUGCGCAUCCACGAGACGGCGGCGCUCAGGCCGCCCGACUUCCUGCGCGGCCGCUACCGGCUGGUGCGCUACGAGGACGUGGUGCGCGACCCGCUGGCCGAGAUCCGCGCCGUCUACGACUUCGCCGGGCUGCGCAUGAGCGAGCGCCUGCGCGACUGGAUCUACCGCGUGACGCACGGCAAGGGCAAGGGCACGCGCAAGGAGGCCUUCCAGAUCACCGAGCGCAACGCCGCCGACGUCUCGCAGGCCUGGCGCUCCGCCCUGCCCCACGCCAAGGUGCGGCGCAUCCAGGAGCUCUGCCGCGGCGCCAUGGACGUCCUGGGCUACCGGCCCGUGGAGAGCGAGGCGGAGCAGAGGCAGCUGGACCUGGACCUGCUGCUGCCCCGGCAGGGCUACCGCUUCAGCUGGCUCCCGCCCAAGACCGGCCCGCCGCCCCCGCCCCCCGGGGAGUGAAAGGGUUGGGGGGGAUUGAGUGGGGGUGGGGGUGGGGAGAGGGGGUUGUGUGAGUGGGGGGAGAGAGAGGGGGUGACGGGGUAUUUUGCCGAACUUGAAUUUUCGUUCUUUCUGUGGGGCGUCUGUGAAGAACGCUGCGUGCCACCUGCAUGUGGUCUGACUCGAUCUGUGUGUGUGUGUGUGUGUGUGUGUGUGUGUGUGUGUGUGUGUGUGUGUGUGUGUCUGUGUCUGUGUCUGUGUGUCUGUGUGUCUGUGUGUCUGUGUGUGGUUGUGUGACACCCUACGGUAGAAUGUCUCCUGCCCUUUGUGAUCCUCCUGGGUGCUGCUGGUAGGAUGUGGGGCCCCCUGGUGGAGAAGGUGUGAGUAGCAAACUGCAGUGCAGCCUACUCAGCACUGGUGUCAGGUCCAGUGAGUUUCCAAGGCAACCAAAUACUCUAUCAACGGGACACAGUGUAUCUGUGAUGUCAUACCUGUCUCUGGGGGGGGGUCAGGGGCGAAGGGGCGUGGCAGUAAUAAAACAUUUAAUCAUUAGGAUGAGAGUGGGUGAUGACUAGAGGGAUUUGAUCAUUAGGAAGGAGGCGUGUCCGGCCUCGUUUACAGGGACACGGGGGAGGUUAAGAGCGGGGGGGGGAAGGGGGGGUCCUGCGGUGGAUUUGUGUCCUGGUCUAUUUAUAGAGGGUGUAGAGUGAGGGGAAGUGGGUGGGGCUGGUGCUGGGUUAAUUUCACAACAGCUCUAUAUGUCACGGUGGAACCUCUGGACACACACCCCCCCCACCUCCUCUGCCCCGCCCUCUAAAAACUUACCAUCAAAGCAAUUGGUCUUUCACUGACCCCAUCCCCCUCCUGUCUGACACACCCUGACCUCACAGCCCUGGAUAAAUACAUGUAUGUGCGUGUGUGUGUUUGUGUGCAUGUGUUGUAAUUACACGUGUCAAUGUGGUUACACUGUCUUCCCAUAUUGACAGUGAUACCAAUAUGGAAAGUGAUUUGAAGGAAUUGAAGUCAAUGGUAUUUAUGGGUAAUGAAGGGUCUACCAUGGUGGAUGCUGGGAUUUGUGGAUAAGCCACAAACCGGCGAUGUUUUGGCGAUGAGGUACUGUAGGCGACCCCUCUUCUGGGGUGUCAGCUGCAUUUUGUCAUUUCAAGACCGUCAGGUCCGAACAAGUCAACCAAAACUUUUGUUACCAGUCAUUACUGGCUGUUGUAAAAAAAAAAAAAAAAAAAAACCAAGACGAACAAAUAUUUCCAUUUUCUUUACCACAGUGCUUUUUGAAAAAUACACACCUUGACUGAAAUAUUGUACAAUUUUUUGGAAGGAACGAUGUGUGAAGUUAACUUAAGGCAGCCAAGUGAGCGAGAUGUGUGUUUCGUGAAUGUAUAGACUGAAGAAGACUUUGUACGAGAACACGUGUUGGCACAGGCUGACCCGUUUUCGCGCUGGUAAUGCUUCCCUCGUGUUUUCUCCAUAAGUCCCACCCGCUGUUACAUUCCAGUCAGAAAGGGGUCCAUGUGGGAGACGUUAAGGGCCCAGGACGGGGUACUGCAUGGGGGUGGGGGGGCGGAACGCUCUCCAUUUUCGGGGGUGUGUGUGUGUCAGCGCGUGUCGGGCGAGGAGGAACGGCACGUGCGACCCGCGGGCCCGGAGCCGCGUGCGAGCGCGUGAGCCUCCUCGACAGGAAGUGACCUCGCCCCCCCCGGAGAGCCGGGACGAAAGGCUGCCGUCGGCUUUCCGCGACGAGGACGAAAGGCGGCGGCUCGGCGAGCCCGAUUGGACGUUGGCCCUUUGCGUCCACACCGAGGGCCUCUCUUCUGAUAAGGGCGGGAGACGCGCUCCCGUUGCGCCCCUCACGCUGCAGGGCUACGCGCUGCACGUGCUCGGCACCUGGCUCUCCUCUCCAGCGCGCCAGCGCCUCGGUGCUGCAGCGAUCCCUCUCAAACUGACAGAAACCUGUUCCUCCUUUAAGCUGCCGAGGCAGUGAUGCGUGGAGGAGGCUUAACUGUUCUGACUGGUUAUGCGUGUAGAAUGUAAUAUUCACCGGAGUGUGCUAUUUAUUGUUUGGAGAUUCGUGUAUGCUGUAUGAAGCGCUUUCCUUUUUUCAGUUUUACCGUUCUUCCCCUUUAAAUGCCGGUCUGCCAGGCGCCGCUUUCUCUAAAUGCCAGUCUGCCCAACACGGCUUUCUCUGAAUGCCAGUCUGCCAGGCGCUGCUUUCUCUAAAUGCCAGUCUGCCAGGCAUUGCUUUCUCUAAAUGCCAGUCUGCCAGGCGCUGCUUUCUCUAAAUGCCAGUCUGCCUAGUGCUGCUUCCUUUAAAUGCCAGUCUACCCAGUUCUGCUUUCUCUAAAUACCAGUCUGCCUAGUGCUGCUUCCUUUAAAUGCCAGUCUACCCAGUUCUGCUUUCUCUAAAUACCAGUCUGCCUAGUGCUGCUUCCUUUAAAUGCCAGUCUGCCUAGUGCUGCUUUCUCUAAAUGCCAGUCUGCCUAGUGCUGGUACUGGUUCUCCAGGUAUUAUUUGCAUGUCACAUUUUACUGUUCUGUAGCCGUAAGGACGUACAGCUUCUUAGUCACUGUGAAUAUCCAUGCUGGAAUCAUUAGCCAUGUGUCUUUUUGCACGUGUAAUUUACUACCAAGCAGCAGAUUUGACUGCAAGUUGGACUCUUGAUGCACCGGUUUGAGCUGGUUUAACACCACGACUCAUCUAUAGUCACGUGACCAAGUCUGCCUGUCUGCCAGCUCUAGUAACACACAGCUUGAUGUCCAAUAAUAAUAAUCUCCAGAGAUUCCAGCAUCAAAAAUGGUACACAACGUUUUAUGUAUAAUUUUACACUUUUUUUGUUUUGAUUGGGAUUACGUUGCAAUAAAUGUCUUGAUUUA